AUGGCCGUUGUCGUCUUGCGUCUCAGCUUUAUCUGUUGGUGUGCAUGCCUCACGGCUGGCCAACCUCUCACAGAUGCCAAAGGCUACAGUGCAGAUCAGAAUGGGCUGAUUUUCAUGAGAAAUGCCAUAAAGAACUUUGGUAUCUACAUGCGGAGAGCACAGUGCACUGGGUGGAGUGAUAAGCCUGGUGCCAACGUGUGCAACUGGCCGGGGAUCACCUGUAUUGACAAGCAAGUCGUGGGCCUGCACUUUCUAAACAAUGGCUCCGUUCUUGUCGGUGAUAUUGGGGAGGUUUUGUAUGGGGCAUCGUUGUUGCCCAAGCUGAAGCGACUGGAUCUGUCAGGGCAGGCCUUCACUGGCACCCUGCCCAACAGCAGCCUCAGCAUGCCUAUCCUGGAGGAGCUGGACCUGGCCAAUAACUACAUAGAGGGGUCUUUGCCGGCGGAUUGGGGGCUGGAUGCUUCGUUUCCUCGGUUGCAGAAUCUCACCCUGUCUUUCAACCCAGACCUUGGGGGAACACUGCCAGCGUCCUGGGGCACGGAUGGCAGCAGUUUCAGGGCGCUGUCCAGGCUGGAGAUCAACAACUGCAAUGUUUCAGGGACCCUCCCGGCCGCAUGGGCGACUAACCUGCCAGCGCUGAAGGAUAUCAAUGUCUCCACCAAUGCGCUGUCAGGGACAUUGCCAGCAGCAUGGAGUACGCUGAAUCUCACAGGGCUGAAUCUUGAUCGAAAUAAUCUGAGAGACAAUGCCUUCUGCGGCCCUAUGCCCAACUACAAUGUCUUCAGCUGCGGCUACUUUCGGCGCGACUGUGUCAGGAGACAGGGAAUUGCACCGCAGUGCCCUGCACCUGCACCCGCACCCACUGUCCCUGCCCAGAUUCCCAUCCAGUCCGCAACCGGUGACAUGGCGACGCUGCUGCGGCUGAGGGCCACCUUCACAGACUUUGACAUGGUGUCGCGCACGGAGGACUCCCACUGGGACGCCAGCCUGCCCAUGUGCUCCUGGCAGGGCGUCACAUGCACGCCGCAGGGCUUUGUUCAAUCGCUCAAUUUCAGCAUCCCCGCGCGCGCUCCCCCUGUCCUGGCCCCCCUUGCGCAAGGCUACGACCACUCCAUUGUGCAUGCCAGCGUCGAGCUCCAACUUAAAGGGGAUGUGGGGGAGGUGUUGAAAGUGGUGUCGGCGCUACCGCAGCUGACCAAGCUGGACUUCUACAACCAGCUGCUCACGGGAACGCUGCCCGCCAACAUCAGCCUCCCCAAGCUUGUGGAGCUGCGCCUCAUCGCCAAUGACAUCUCGGGCACGCUGCCAAACAGCUGGGCGGACAAUGGGGCGUUCCCUGCGCUGCGAGCGCUGUACCUCAACAGGAACUGGCGCCUGAGCGGGCCGCUGCCGGCAGACUGGGGCUCCAAGACCAGCAGCCUGAACAAGCUGGAGGUGCUGGCGCUGCAGGGCUGCAACCUGACCGGCACGCUGCCAGUCUCCUGGUCCUCCAACAUGCCCCUGCUUAGCGUCCUCGACCUCAACUACAACUACCUCUCCGGUACGCUGCCGCCGGAGUGGGCGAACAUGGGCGCCAUGGCCUCCCUCAACAUUGUCGGCAACAACCUGCGCGGCACCCUGCCCUCUCAGUGGUCGGCCAAUGGGGCGCAGUCGUGGGCGUACCUGCAGGAGCUGCACCUGGACGCCAACCUGCUCAACGGCACGCUGCCGGCGUCCUGGGGCGACGGCAACUCGAUGUCCAACAUCCGCAACAUCACCCUCGUCUCCAACAACCUCAGUGGGCCUGUGCCAGCCUCCUGGGCGCUCGACGCAGCCGGCCGCGCCCACUUCCCAAACCUCCAAUCGCUCUACGUCCAGCCUGGCAACGAGGGACUUUGCGGGAUCGCACCGAAUGGCGUGUCGGUCUUCUCCAAGGCAGGCAGCGCGGACGCGGAGCAGGUCUACUCGCUGGGCAAGCCCUGCCCAGUGGACAUCACGUCAACCUCCACACAAUCGGCCGGCACCGGCGUGCGCGUGGAGGCGGCCAUCACCGGCGCAGUCCUGGGCGGCUGCUUCCUGAUCGUGCUUGUCGCUCUUGCGGCCUGGUACGGCGUCCGGCGCUUGCGGCAGCGGCGCACCCGGGGGAUGGACCAGGAGCUGUGGGGCAACCAGCCCCACAAGGCCUUCUCGCUGGACGACAAGGUGACUGCGCUGAUGCGGGUGGACGUGCCACCGCAUGACUCGGACAGCAUCAUACCGCCCAAAGCGCCGCACAGCUUUGUGCCCUUCUCGCGCGCCCCCUCCAGCAUGGCCGCCUCCUUCCCGGCCCGCUCCAACGGCGGCAGCCGUGUGUCCGGCAGCGGCCGCGCCUCUGGCAGCUACACUCCCAGAUCGGGGCAGUCCCGAUCGGGAGACACUCACAGCGGGCCGGGCAGUGGGCAGCACAGCGGGCAGUAUAGCGGGCACGGCGCGCCGGGCAGCGGGCUGCGGGACGGGGGCAGCAGUGGCUCGGUGGCGCUGAGCCAGCAGGGGGGCAGCACGGAGAACUACUCGCUGCCCUCCAUGCCCUGGAAGGACUGGGAGCUCAAUCUUGACGCCCUGCAGGUGGAGUUGAAUGAGGAUGGGACGGAGGUGGAGCUGGGGAAGGGGGCGUUUGGGGUGGUGGUGAAGGGCAGCUACCGCAUGGCGCCCGUGGCCAUCAAGCGGAUGCGCGACCAGUCGCCCGAGCAGCAGGUCGCCUUCCUCAAGGAGAUGGCCAUCCUGCGCGCCUGCCGCGGAUCCCGCUACGUCGUUCCCUUCGUCGGUGCCAGCCUCCAGCCGGGCAACACAAUCCUGGCGAUGGACUACAUGGACAACGGCAACCUGUGGGACGUGCUGCCGCGCGUGGCCAAGGACGGGCGCCUCAUCUUCCAGUGGAACAACCGCGGCAAGCGCGUUGCCUACGAAAUCGCCCUCGGCCUUCACUUCCUCCACGACCUUCGGGUGGCGCACCUGGACCUGAAGUCCAGCAAUGUGCUGAUAGCAGCGGACGGCACGGCCAAGAUCAGCGACGUGGGGCUGGCAGCACUGAUCAGCCGCUCCUACCUGAGCCAGAUGGCGCCGGCCGGCACAUGGGCCUGGGUGGCUCCCGAGGUCAUCCUGGGCGGCCGUGUGACGAUGAAGGCAGACAUCUUCAGCUUUGGAGUGGUGCUGGUGCCGGAGGAGGCGCCGCAGGAAAUAGCGGACCUGGUGUCGCGGUGCACGGGCGACGUGGAGGAGCGGCCGGACGCGCAGGAGUGCGCCGAGAUCAUCGCCCCCUUCGUGCGCACCGCCUCUCUCCGCACCAAUGCAUCACAGCCCCUUACGCCGGGGGCCGCCGUCGCUCCCCGCCGCGCCAGCAGCGGCGGCAGCGGUGGCGAAGCCGGGGGGAUUGCCCCUGGUGCCGGUAGCGGCAAUCGGACGGCAUCCGGCAGCAACGCGGGAUCAGCGGUCGAGAAACAGCCGUCAGGGGACGCGGUUUUGACCCCCGGCGCGCUCUGA